AUGAGUGACAUAUCAAUCCCUAUUGCCAUGCUAUGGACAUUUAUUCCACUCAUUGUCUUGGGAUCCUACUUGAUUUACAAACGUGUAGGACGAACAAAUGUUAUUGACGAUGAAGAACGAGGAGGUCUACUCAAUAACACAGAGACAAGAGAUUAUGAUGAGUACAGAGAACCUAGAAAUAUACAAACAGAAACUGCAACAGAAACAAGUCCCCUCUUGCAAAGUGAAACAGUGCUGCCUUCCACAUUGAAUAAAACCCAACAACACAAAUUUGAAGAACGUGUACGAGAAAUAGUACAGGAUAUACCAGAUGAAAAUACUAAUGAGGUUAUAAAUGAAGCACCAGUGAGCAAAAAAGCAUCAACUAGUAAAGAGCAAAAAGAAGAUGCGCCUGAAACAAAUGAUGGGAUUAAACAAACAUUGGAACCUAAGCAGAAGCAUACUAGUCAAGAUAAAAAUCAAGACUUGGUUGAAACUAUGCAUGAAAACACUAAAGAAUCAAAUGGUGUGCCAAUUCAAAAUAGUGAUCAAAGUUCAAAGAACAAAGAACAAAACCAGAUUAAAGAUCAAGCAACAAAGGUACCAACCCCAGAACUGGAACCUAAAAAUACAGAAAAUACAGAAAAAAUAGAUGGUCAAGCACAAAAUGUGCAAACUGAGCAAAAAGAUGCAUCAACAAAGUCAAACAAUACAACUGUGAAUUCAGCUUCUCUUGAGGAAGAUCCACUGACUCCAGUGUCAGCACCAACAACUAACAGUAAUAAGAAAAAGAAGAAGAAAAAUGGGAAAAAGUCGAAAAAGAAGGGCAAGAAGUAA